AUGUUCACUGUUUCUCCUACUAUUGUAUCUGCUAACAGUUUUGGUGGGGUAUACAAAGGAGAUAUACUCAAUGGUUGCUCUGUUGCUAUAAAGAUAUUGAAUGCAUCCAAAGGAAAUGGUGAAGACUUUAUCAAUGAAGUUGCUAGUAUUAGUAGAACUUCUCAUGUUAAUGUUGUUCAACUUCUUGGAUUCUGUUUGGAAGGCAGCAAUAAAACUCUCAUUUACGAAUUCAUGUCUAAUGGUUCUCUUGACAAGUUUAUUUACAGUAAGGGACUCAAAGCCAUUCCAUCGUUGAGUUGGAAUAAUUUGUGGCAAAUUGCCAAAGGGAUAGCUGAAGGACUAGAAUACUUGCACAAAGGAUGCAAUACUCGCAUUUUACAUUUUGACAUAAAACCGCACAACAUACUUUUGGAUGAAAAUUUUUGUCCUAAGAUAUCAGAUUUUGGACUAUCAAAGCUUUGCCCCAUGAAAGAGAGUACUAUCUUCAUGUCUGAUCAAAGAGGAACAAUGGGGUAUAAAGCUCCAGAAGUGUGGAAUAUACAUCUUGGUGGAGUUUCACACAAAUCUGAUGUUUACAGUUAUGGAAUGAUGCUGCUAGAAAUGGUGGGAGGGAGAAAAAAUAUUAAUGCAGAAGCCAAUCACACAAGUGAGAUAUACUUCCCACACUGGGCAUACAACAGGCUAAAGCAGGGUGGAGAAUUGAGACCUGAGGGGGUGGUAGCCACAGAAGAAAAUGAAACAGCAAGGAGAAUGACUGUAGUGGGAUUAUGGUGUGUUCAAACUAUUCCAAAGGAUAGACCUACAAUGAGUAGAGUAUUAGAUAUGCUAGAAGGCAACAUGAAUUCCUUGGAAAUGCCUCCAAAACCUGAUCUUUCUUCUCCCAUUAGUUGA